CUGAAAAUACUUUUGCCUUCACCACUGUUCACAGCCGAUUAAAGUCUAAAUAUAACUGGUCAAAUGAGGCUAAUAGAUACAAUAACAGUUAUACUUUCGAGUGAUGGGAUAGUUUAAGACUUUUGCUAUAGCUGUGCAAGCAAGUCACGAAGAUAAGCUAAUUAAGGCUAGAAUAAGGAAAUAAAACAGGGAGAGUCCACAGAUCAAAUGUAUGUGUGUAGACUAGCAUUAUGAUGAAGUCCCAGGUGAACAAAACUCUACUGAGAAAUGUUAUCCGUCACACAGAUGCUCAUAACAAGGUUGUGGAAGAAGCAGAAAUGUGGCGUCAACAUUUAUCUCAAAAAUCAGCAUCCAGGAGCCAAUCAGAUUUCAGAAGCAGAAAGGAAUCAGACACUAGAUCUGGGAACCAAUCAGAAUCUCAAAGCAAGCAUCCAUUAGACCGUGGCGAUGAUCGCUCUUACCUGAAAUACGAUAGCUUUGAUAAGAAAAGGAAAUAUGCAAGACAUGCACACAUGGAUGAUGAAGAUAGGAACAGUCCAAUUAGGGGUGAGAGGGAUAACUACUGGGAGAGACAGCUAUUAGACGCAAAAGAAAAGGACCCAGAUAGAUGGGGUCAUAGUGGUUACAAAGAGCUUUACAAAGAAGACUUCAGUUCUCAAAGAUCAAGCAGGAUAAAUGGCAGUGACUCACCAUUGAAAAGGAAAAAGUCCAAGAAGUCAAAAUUGAAGAAGAAAAAGAAGAAAUCAAAGAAAAGGAAAUUUGAAUCUUAUUCUGACUCUGACAGUGAAAGUGAACUCACACGAUCUGAACAAAGGAAACGUAAACGAAAUUGUCAAUCUGAAGACUCUUCAAGUGCUGAUUCCUCUCAAACCUCCAGAUCUCGGUCAAAAAAUAAAACGUCUAAAAGAUCUCCAAGUUCUAGUCCCGAUCUUGCAAAACUCAAGAGAUGGAAAGAGCACAUUCAUCGUAAAAUUGCAAAGGAGGAACAUUAUGUUAAAAAAGAAAUCAGGAAAAAUCGUGGGAGAAAUCAAAAAUAUUCAUUAAAGGUUAAGCGUGAAACACAAGAUGGUAGUGGUUCAAAUUCAAUGAAAAGGUCAUAUUCAAAAGAGACAUCAGACUCUGAAAGAAGGUCUCACUCUAGAGAAAGGUCAUAUUUAAAUGAAAGGUUCAAUUCAAACAAAAGUUCAACAAAGAGAUUAAAAAAUGCAGUUUCAAAACAAAGGUCAUUUUCAAGAGAAAGGACAUAUUCAAGAGAAAGGUCAUAUUCAAAUGAAAGGUCAUUGAGGAAAACAUCAGUUUCUGAAGGAUCAAAAAGGUCAAAAAGUUUUAGAAAAAGGCAUUAUUCUAGAAGUCCAUAUUCAAGAGAAAGGUCAAUAUCUGACUGACAUUUAAUUUUUUCAUAUUGACCAUAAGAAUUAGGGAUUUCAAGAAAUACUGGAUAAAUUGCAUUUAUUCUGAAUUUAGCUUUGAAUAUUUACUCAGAUAUGUAUUCUAACAUUAUUGGCAUGAUUGUUGACUUAUUUUAGUAAUUGUAGUGAAUUGUAGUGGUAAACUUUUUCUAAAAUUAACAAAGUCAUUUCUGAGCCACAAUAUAUUUUUUUAUCUCAUUUU